GCCGCCGACCACGUUAGCGCGCGCGUAGAGGCGAGCUCGCUCUGACGGCUCUCGCUGUUGUUUCGCGCGCGCUACGUGCACUAUUGCGAACGGCUGGCCGUUAGCGCCGCGCGGGAUUUCGCGCUGGAUUAGCAACGCGUGCGGCGAGCUUGCGGUCGAGUCUGUCAGGUUAGCGCCUCUAUUUAUUCUCUUUGUCGCGUCUGCUCGCUGAGCCGACGACGGCUGCUACUCAAAUAGAUUAGGGCUUUACGCUCGGAGAGCGUAACGCGUUGACUGCGUGGGUGCUAGCAAGAAAGUAGCACGACACAUAGUUACAGACUGAUCGAACUUGCUCAUGUGCAGCUAAGACGACCCGGUGGUUUGAUAAUACCGUCACGGUGUUUGUGUUUUUCAGCUAGAAACAUUAUUGCUCUGUCUAACUCUGCACCAAGAGUCUGACGAUGAUUCUGCAUCAAUUUAGAAUGUUUAAAGCACUGCUUUACAAAAAUCUACUGGUCCGAAAACGGCACUGGAAACUGGGACUGUUCGUGGAGAUCCUCGUCCCGAUGCUGACAUUUAUCGCCGUGUGGGGCGUCAAAAGUGCAUCGCUCAAUAACAAAGCUAUAUCGCAAGAAAUUUUGACGCCAUUAGAACGCGGUGACACCAAGUUCAGAGUCAAAACCGCCGCGGAUUAUUUCGAGUACAGCGCGGACGAUUACUUGCUGAUAGCUCCUGAUAACAGGUUCACCCAGCGACUGAAAAGUCACUUGCAAAUAUGUUACCCCGGACUCGUCAUGAUGUACCGGACCGAGAGCGAUAUGAUCAGCGAUUAUUUUGCCAAGAAAAGUACCAAGUUCAGCAGGUUCAAAACGACUUUGGCUUUGAUCUUCGACGAUGACAAUGUCAACGGCUCCACUCAAAACUUCAAGUACAGAAUACGAAUUUCCGAUGACGUUUCGGCGCUCGUUUAUUCGGAAACCGAAGCUACGGAUGUGUUCGAGACGAGUUUUACAGGGCUUCAAUUGUGCGUCGACAGUGCGCUGAUAAAAAUGAAGAAGAACGAUCCUAAUUUCAGCUUGGACAUUUUUGCCCAGAGGAUGCCGAUACCGGCUAAAAAGGACACUAACGAAUUCGUAAAAUAUAUGAGUAUAAUAGUAUGUGGGCUCGCCGUAUCAGCAUUCUUGAUCCCAUUGUGCGUAGAAACAUCUCACACGUCUAGCGAAAAAUUUCUUGGCGUUAAUGUUCUAAUGUCCAUGAAUGGCGUACCCAAUUACCUGAACUUACUCAGCUGGCUGACCACUGGAAUAAUUUUUAGUCUUCUCUACAUAGUGCCAGUAGUGUUCAUUCUCUGCUACGCGGCGACCGAACAGAGUACUCGAUUUUUCGAGUACGCAAACUCUUUCAUAGUCUUUCUAGUGCUGACACUGAACGUGGCUCACCUGAUAGCCUUUGGCAUGCAUGUGUCAGCAUACUUUACAAGAUCUUUAUUUAUGGUCACUGGGUUAAUCGUCAUUUACAUCGGUUCAAUUGUAUUCGUGAUAAAAGGAGUCAAUGUGGAUUCUUACAAAACCUUACCUUACUUAGGUAUUAUUUUUCCAAACAUGCUCUUGUUCCGAGCUUUCGAAGAGAUGAAUUUCUACGAAGAUAUAAGUAAAGGAAUCCACUUCAACAACUUGUUCCAAGUCACUAAUAGGGCCUACGGACUCGGAGGAAGCGUUGGAUUUAUGCUUAUAUUUUCAAUUGUUGGAAUUAUCUUACAUUUGUUGCUGGCGAAUUACAUCUACGCAAUAAAUCCUGGCAAGUACGGCGUGAAGAAAGGUCCAUUAUACUUUUUGCAGAUUUUCAAAAGAUUGAGAAAAACUAGAGAUUACGAUAAGGUAGAAAACAUGGAAUUCAACAACACGCGUGGAAAUUCAUUCGAGCCGGUAACGGCAAGUGCCUACAGUCCGGGAAUUCGAAUUCGCAAUCUGAAAAAAUUAUAUAAAACUAGUUUGUUUGGCAAAGCGGGAGUGUAUGCUCUCCAAAGUAUAUCAGUCGAUUUUUACAAAGGACAGAUUACAGCUCUGCUCGGCCACAACGGAGCAGGAAAAACCACGAUGAUGUCGAUUCUGUCAGGUAUGAUAAGUUCUUCCGAAGGACUAGUUCUCAUCGACGGGAAGGACGUUAACGAGCACAUUGACGAAAUAAUGAGCGGAAUGGGAUUAUGUCCCCAAGAAAACAUGCUUUUUCCGCAACUGUCUGUAGCUGAGCAAGUCAAGUUCUUUGCCAUGUUGAAAAGCAAAAGUAAGUCGUUGACGGCUAUCAACAGCGAAGUAAUUCAGCUACUGAACCAACUCCAACUACUUGGCAAAAGAAACGCUUUACCAAACCAAUUGUCGGGUGGACAGAAACGGCGUGCUUGUCUUGCGAUGGCUCUUAUUGGAGACUCGAGCACACUAAUUUUGGACGAGCCAACUUCUGGUCUGGAUCCUGAAAGUAAACGUGACAUUUGGAAUAUAUUAUUGAAAAUGAGGGGGCGUAAAACAAUUUUGAUCAGCACGCAUGACAUGGAAGAAGCCGAUGUACUUGGAGACAGAAUUGCAAUAAUGCACUCCGGGCAAUUGAAAUGUUACGGCACACCUUUGUAUCUCAAAAAAUUAUUAGGACGUGGAAAUAUCGAAGUAACAUUAUCAACUGAACCUUGGUGCGACCCAGAAAAUGUUCGGUCAAAGUUGGAAACACCAUGUGAAGUUCUAAGCGAUGAUCGCGGUAAAAUGGUAUUGAGUAUUCCAUACAACAAUAAUUUGCCAGACACCCUGGAUACCAUAGAGGAGAAGAAGAAGGAACUAGGAAUUACAGGAAUGAGUGUAUCUAUCAUCACCCUGGAAAAAGUUUUCCCCAAAGUAACGCAAGAUAAUAAUGACCCAUCGGAAUCUCGACGGCCAUUCACGAAUACAAGCCAGAAACUGCAAGGUCUACAUCAGGUUCUUCACAUCUGGAAAGCUCUGUUAUGUAAGAAGGCAAUUUACACCCUCAAAAACAUAUCGACAACAGUAAUUAUGUUGUUUUUGUUUUCGGCGACGUUAGCGAGCACGAUUUUGAUAUUAAAGGACAAAAAGUCACGGGAAAAAGAAGUAGCGAUAAAGCUCGAUAUGUAUCAUGAUGCGAACAGCUACUACAAAAUACAUCAAUACGGUAAACCUUAUGCUCACGCUUAUGCACACCUUAUCAGAGAUUUGGGCGGCCAGUCGCAAGAAAUGUCAAGUAGUUCCGACUUCAAUGAGGAACUGCUCGAAAUAGCUCACACGGACUACAACAAAUACAACUUCCGCGUGCUCAUGGCAGCCAGUUUUCAGAGCAACGAGGACCACAGCAGAGUCAAUUGCACGGCGCAUUACAACUCGGCACUGGCUCGAUUCGCCGAGCCGAUGUCCAUCAAUCUCGUGUCCAACGCCGUUCUCCGGAACGUAACGAACAGCAAUCACAGCAUCGAGAUAACCGCUCAGGCCUUGCCGAAAGACAACGAUCGCAGCGACACGAACAGCGACUCGAUUCUAUUGACCGCGACGGCAUAUGGUUACGUGAUAGCCGGGCUUUUCGCCUGCUUGAUCUAUCCCGCGGUCGCCCUGUUCGUUGUACAUCCGAUCAGGGAAUCGCUGACCAACGUCAAGCAUUUACAGAGAAUGACUGGCGCCUCGUGCUUCAGCUACUGGGGAACUAUGCUCAUUUUCGACCUGACUGUUUUUUUCGUUAUAACGUUGCUCUUUGUCUUGGGUCUUGUUGCUGGUGACUGCAUCGUCGAUCUCAGAAUGUUCGCUUGGAAGCAAGUUGUAAUACAACUAGGUCUAUUCGCGUUGCUCGCUAUAAACACUUUGCUCUUAGCCUAUGUAUUCAGUUUUUGGAAGAAAUCCACCAGUACUGUUAUAAAAUUAUUGAGUCUCGUGCCACUUGUUCUUGUACUGGUCGACUUGGUCAUGAGUCUUUUACAUCGCUUUUUUGACAGAAUAACCGAUAAGCUUAAGGAAGAGUCUGAAUUUUUCUUCUACCGACGUAUCCAGAAAGCAAUAUUCUUGUUUAUCCCGUACAUCAGUUUCUUUGAAGGCCAAGUGGUGUUCUUCAACAUCACGUGGAUCAACGCAGUUUGUGCCAAAGUUGCUGACUAUGUUGAUUUCAAGACCGAAUGUCUAACCGGUGGCGAGAGUUAUCAGCUAAAAAUAUGUUGCGAUAUGGUGUGUAAUGAGGACACGUGCGGCGAGGCUGUUCCAUACUUUCUUGGCUUCUAUGAAGAUAUCUCUUUGAAUAUCAGUUUCCUUGCCUUGUGCAUCAGUCCUGUCCUGUAUCUCGGCAUACUCUUGAUUUUGGAGUAUCGACUCCUUGGCAGACUGUUUGCUAGGAUUCGUGGAGGUAUUCCAGACAAUAGCGACGAUGGCUUCGAAGAGCAAGUGAAGAAAAUCAAGCACGAGAUCGCUUACGAAGUUUGCAAAGCCAAAAUUGCAGGCAUGUCGAAUGGGACGGCCACCGAGAAGUUCAAAGUGAUUCCCGAAAGACGCAACGAUACAAGCUUGCAAAACGAGGACGAGACCAAGGAUUACGUGUUCUUCGUUUACGAGUUGCGUAAAAUCUACGGCAGUUGCCUAGGCGCAUUGGUGGUAGCAGUACAGGACUUAAGUUUCGGCGUCAGCGAAAGUCAGUGCUUCGGAUUGCUCGGCGUCAAUGGCGCCGGAAAGUCGACGACGUUCAAGAUGAUGACCGGCGAAGAAGUACCCAAUCACGGGCUCGUACAUUUGCGCGAUCAGAAUGCGCAGGGAGACGGAAACUGUCUCAGGCAAAUAGGAUACUGUCCGCAAAAUCACGCGAUCAUAAGCUCGUUGAAUGCUUACGAUCAUCUGCGUUUGUUCGGUCGGCUUCGCGGCAUACCGGACGACCAACUCGAGCAGGAAGUCCAGGAUUGGAUCGACCGGCUCUGCCUGAAUCCUUGCGCCCUGCAACCGAGCGGCACGUACAGCGGCGGUAACAAGAGGAGAUUAAACAUCGCGAUGGCUCUCAUUGGCAUUCCGAGCUUGGUUUUGCUGGACGAGCCAACGACGGGUGUCGAUCCUGCUGCUAGACGAUCGCUGUGGAACACCGUGCAGUCAAUGAAAGGUCGAAAAACUAUUCUGAUAAGUACUCACGAUAUGGAGGAAGCUGAUGUACUCGGAGAUAGAAUAGCUAUCAUGCAUAUGGGUCAAUUAAAGAGUUACGGAACACCGAUGUUUUUAAAAAAAUUCAUGGGAGGAGGAAACAUCGAAGUGACUUUAUCGACUGAACCUCGUUGCAACACAACUAAAGUUUGCACUUUCUUAGACGAGGGAAGUCAAGUUAUCGCUGACGAGCUUGGAAAAAUCGUACUAAACGUGCCAAAUAACAACAGACUGCCCGAUUCAUUAGAUAAAUUGAAAGAGAAUAAGGAAGAACUUGGUAUCACGGGUAUGAGCAUUUCGGUGAUUACUUUAGAAAAAGUUUUUCUCAAGGUGAUCGAAGACAAUACUGAUGCGUCCAAGACGCAUCAAUCAUUCUCGCUCACGACUGAAAAAUUGAACAGUGAUAAACAGUUUUGGCAAACUUGGCGAGGCCUGAUAUCCAAAAAAGCCACAUACUCGUUGAAAAAUAUAUCGACGAUCAUUAGCGUCCUUGUUUUGCUGGUGUUGGCAGAACUUUUAACGAUUUUCACCUUGAUGGAUCACACCUCGUCGGCGACCGAGAAAAUACAAUUGAGACGAGACAUGUAUCACAACGUCGAAAAUUUUUACAAGAUUCACUUGAACAGCAAAGCUUACGGCGAGAGUUACAAGAACCUCGUGAAAGAAUCAAACGCAGCGUUAAUUGAGUACCAAAGUCGCGACAACCUGACCGAAGUGUUGCUGAAUAUCGGUGCACACGAUUUAUUUGACUACUACUAUCGUCACGUCGUUGGGGCUGAAUUCGCAAGCAAAAACAAUCUAGUCAACGCCGUCGCGCUGUACAAUUCAAAAUUCGCUCAGUUCGCGCAGCCACUCUCUAUAAAUCUGGUAUCGAAUGCCAUCUUGAAAACGAUGAUGAACGACAAUUACAGUAUCGAGAUAUCGGUACAAGAAACCCCGGAAAUGGAUGAGUUCGCCGUGACACCAAACGAAGUAAAGGCAAUGAGCGCCUACAUGGUAUCGAUAAUGUUCGUCUGCUUCCUCUAUCCUGCUGUAGCUUUUUUCGUCGUCCAUCCUAUCAGAGAGACUCUGACGGACAUUAAGCAUCUUCAGAGGAUGGCUGGUGUUUCGUGUUUCAGCUACUGGGGAACUAUGUUUCUUUUCGAUUUUUUGCUUUUGUUCUACGUAAUUGUGUGUAUGAUUGUUGGUUUAGUCAUUGCGGAUUGGGCGUUAGAUAUGAAAAUGUUUGGACCCACGGAAGCCUUGAUACUGCUAGGUUUGUUGACGUUGUUUGCUGUGAACGUACUGCCAUUAAUUUACAUUUUCAGUUUUUGGGGGCAAUCUACAACAACAGCUAUGAAGUUACUGACUCUUGUACCUUUAGGUUUGGUGUUGAUAGAAAUAGUAAUGUCCGUCGUAGAAGAAUAUUUCGAAGAGUAUCGUCAUACUAGUACAGUUCGGACACUUCAAAAAGGUAUAUUUCUUCUAACUCCAUACAUCAGUUUCCUUCACGGGCAGAUUUCUUUCUACAAUAGUUUGAGAAUCAAUCAGGAGUGCAAAAGACUUUAUCAACACAAUAAGUAUCAGCUCUGUUUGAGUGCCCCUUGCUGUGAUUUGAGAUGUAACAACAACACCUGCGAGAAUGCAAUUUUAUACUUCAGAGAAUUUAGCGAAGAAAUUUCAUUAUCAACGAGUUAUCUUUUCUUAUGCUUAACACCUAUCCUGUACUUCGCUAUACUUGGUGCUUUGGAAUACAAGCUGAUAGAAAAGUUGAUUGCUAGAAUGCAUUCAGGUAUACCUGACAAUAUAGAUUCUACUUUUGAGGAACAAGUGAAAAACGUUAAACGUGAGAUAGCUUACGAAGUAUCAAAAUUGGGAAUUGAAGGCGUGGACACUGGAAAAUAUCAAUCCACUGCUGGUAAUGGAACCGAAGAAGCCGAAGAGAAUGGCAAUAAUUGCAGUAAUCACGUUUUUCUCGUUUACGAGCUGAGAAAACUCUACGGGAAAUUCGUUGCCGUUCAGGAUAUAAGUUUCGGCGUCAAUGAAAGCGAAUGCUUCGGAUUGCUCGGCGUCAAUGGCGCUGGCAAGUCAACGACAUUCAAAAUGAUGACUGGCGAGAUUAUACCAAAUCACGGUAUUAUGCAUUUGCGCGAUAAGAGCGCUAGAAAUAAUCGGAACGAGAACUACCUAAAAAAUUUGGGUUAUUGUCCCCAAAACGACGCGAUCAUAAGGUCGUUAAACUCGUACGAUCAUCUGCGUCUGUUUGCGCGCAUUCGAGGUAUUCCGGAGAAUAAGGUCGAAGAGGAAGUUCAAAAUUGGAUCGACAGGCUCAAUCUAAAUGUUUGUGCUCUCCAACCGAGUGGCACGUACAGUGGCGGUAACAAGAGGAGAUUAAACAUCGCGAUGGCUCUCAUCGGUAUUCCAAGCUUGGUUUUAUUGGACGAGCCUACAACUGGUGUCGAUCCUGCUGCUAGACGAUCUCUGUGGAAUACUAUUCAGACGUGUCAGGCUACGGGACAAGCCGUAAUAUUAACUUCUCAUAGCAUGGAAGAAUGCGAAGCUUUAUGCAACAGGUUAGCCAUCAUGGUAGAUGGUAAGUUCGUGUGUAUUGGCUCGUCCACAGAAUUGAAGCAGCGUUUUAGUGCUGGGUACGAUGUGCAAAUACAAAUGGAUCCUGAGAAAUCGAGGAAUGAAAUCGACGGCAUCAAACAGGAUCUGAUAGGAGCCCUGCCAUGUGAAGUUGUUGACGAGAACUCCGGAUACAUGAAAUGCCACGUGCUGUCGGCGAACAUAACGUGGAGGCAGAUGCACAACGUAAUGAUCGGCUUGAAGAACAAUUACACCUGCAUAUUGGAUUAUUCUGUCCUUUCGUCUACUUUAGAGCAGCUAUUCUUGAUAUUUGCUAAGGCUGCUAACAAAACCAAUCGUAAAACUAAUUAGGAUAUGCAUUUUUGUUCUUGACAAAAAACAGUUUUGUUUAUCUAUUUAUUUAAGGAUACUAAUGAAUUUAUCUGUGUAACGCAUGCGCUUACCUAUGGCGGUUUCUCGUUUAUUGUUAAUCUCUAUGCUGUAAUACAAUUCAUCUGUGAUUUGUAUUAAUAGUAUUUUGUGGGUUACGUAAAGCUAUAUGAUGAACGAAAUGUGAGUGGGUCCAAACUAUAGAUGAUAUUUAAUAAAGUGAUCUGAUGACAUUAAGCGAUGAACUUGAUAAAUAUUUCUUUCAUUUCAUUCAAAUUAUAGCGUCAAGUACUUCACUGUUUCGUUCAAUAAACUGUGCCAUUCAUUUGCUAACAAAACGUGUAUUAAAGGCAGCAAACUAUUGAUGAGUUAAAUGAAUAAAAGAAUGUUGCGACGUAUAUUGUUGAAUAAUUCAAAGAUAUUUUGAAAACCAAUAAAUUAUAUAACUGGCUGCACGAUACAAAUAUUAUAACAUUUCGAUGAAAUUUCACGUAAAUGUAAGCCCGAUGAUCCAAA